CAAAAGCGUGAAUUUAUCCCCCGAGGAACUCUAAAACAUUAAAAUAAUACUUUUUCUAAGACAAAACCAAAACCCAUUUUUGUCCGUUUUCGGCGGGGCGGAGAGAUAUUGAUGCAGAAUCUUUUUUCAGUGUAAAUCGACAUUUCCAUUUAACACUGGCGUGCUUGCCAAAUGUUGUUUUUGUUUGUCCAGAAUAAUUUUUUGCCAGCCUUUUUCCCUUUAGUCUUGACUAUUUAUUAUUUCUUUCAUCAUAAGAGUGAGUUUAGUAAAUUAGCUUGGGUCAAAACAGAUGUUAUGAAAAGCUCACCAAUGCCGUUCAGCUAACCUUAUUCCUGCUGUUUAAACUGAAAUCGAUCUUAUGCAAAAUAAGCCGUUUUGUUUGACCACAUGCCUUUUUUUAGGCAAUUAACUAAGAGGAUCGGUUUAUUGCUUUGUUCUGUUGUCAAGUGAACUGCUUGUCAUAAUUUUCACUGAACACUCAGAAGUUGUUUCUUCCCUUUCGAACUCAACACGUCUUCCUCGCCGAACAUGCCUACCGUGACUUGUGGUGGUGAAUUCCAGUUCUUGGAAUUCCUGAUAUUUUUCGUCGUAUUCGUCGUUGGGUUGACAAGCAACGUCCUCUUUAUUUUACUGAGUUGUAAAGAGCUGGUGAAUUUAAAAGGCUGCCCAGUUCUGAUCUACAAUGGCCAUCUUUUGCACUACUCUAUUGCAAACCUUAUCCUCUUGAUCCGUAUGCCACUCGACGUUAUCAGCUUCACUUCAGGAGGUUCUUGGUUUUUCGGGGAGCAUUUCUGCAGGUUGAACUUUUUUGUUGAGCGAGCUAUGUACAUGGCCAUAGCAAAUCACAUCCUGAACUUGGUACGCGAUGCUUUCACGCCAUACGGCUACCCCAACAGUCCAAUCCACUGGCGCAGCACUUGGUUCGUAUCCCUAUUGUUCGUGUGCCCCCUGUUAUUCACCACCCUUGAACAGACUCCGGAGGGGUGCACGCGUUGUACGCUGAUCGAUCCAAGUUUGGGAAUGAUGUGGAUGUUUCAGUGGACUGAACAAGUGUACGUGGCCAUUUUGCCUCUGCUCGCCAUUUGGUUUUAUCACGGGAAGUACGUCGAACAUCCAGACUAUGAAGCCCUCCACAAAGCGGGCCCAGAUGAUGUCGGUGGUCACGUCAAGAUGAAUCUACGUUCGAUGUGCUGCGCACUCGCAUUGACCAUCUGUCUCUGUACCAGUCCAGCUCGUCUUACCGAGAUCUCGGGCGGAGACUUCAAAUUGUGGCCUGGACACCAGAUUAUCUUUUUCUUUACGCCUCGGUUGCUGAUUUAUGGCCAGACCGUAAUAUUCAUUGGAGUUUAUGCCUAUCACUAUCCGCGCUUUUAUCAAGGAGCCAAGAUUGCUGCAGCAAGACUGUGGAGUUGCCGUACGAUACCAGGGAAGAUCGUUACUGGACAAGAUGAUGAUCAUAAAGAACCUCUGUCGUAGUGGUAAAAAUAAGUACUGGGACUUUUCGUUUGAAUGUCUUCCUGUAGUUUUUCCACUGGUGAACAAAAUUUAUACUUCUUUUUUCCACUCCCAUGUUUAACUGAUAUCCCUGACGUGGAAAUCUUUCACUCAAAGCUAAGCGACUAAUUACUUGAUAUGGAUGGUUUAGCCAAAUUUUUUCGUUUCGGUUAUAUUUCGUCCUGAUAGGACGCCCAUUGUAACAAGUUACUUUACCUUUUCCAAACGUUUGUUCAUUUC